AUGCACAUUGGCCCCUCUGAAGCCCGUCCGACUUCAGCAAUACACGCCGCCAACCCUCCUGCUCAACACGAGCGCCUCGACAAUGGCCAGGAUGUUAUCGAUCUCAUGGUUGCCUAUAUCACUGGCCUGGCUUCCUACACUGGCCUUGUCGACUGUCGUCAGCUAGUCCCAACAUCGAUCCGACUGUUCUGCGUCGCCACCCAGGCAGGCUCGUUCCCUCAGGUCGUGCUUCAGUACCAAUCGACCGGUGUCACCAUCCGCGGCACACCAGCCACACGAGGCCAAGAUGGCGUGACCAAGAUCCCCGAAUUACCCGACGAGACAUACAUGCUCAUCCACCGAGACGACGACUGA